UUAACCUCUCGACACUGAUUUCAGACCAAUCGGCUGUUACCCUUCCGCGGAUCGGAACCCUAAUUUGGGGCCAAAAACCCUAGCCUCAAUCCAAGAAUUUGGCGACCUGUCAAUCGAAUCCGCGGAGGUCUCCCGUUGUGGUUGCGGCGAUUUGGGCAGCGAGGUGCUUCGUUUUCCGCUGAAUUGUUGGUGGAGUGGUGUUUUGGGGUCGGGGCGCAUGAGGGGCCCCUCCGACCGGACGAAGGUCGUGGUGCGGCGCUUACCGCCGUCGAUCUCGCAGUCGGUGCUGAUGGAGCAGAUCGAUGGCAGGUUCGCCGGGCGCUACGAUUGGGUAUGUUUUCGUCCCGGGAAGAACAGCCAAAAGAACCAGAGACAUUCUCGAGCAUACCUUAACUUUAAGAGGCCAGAAGAUGUGGUUGAGUUUGCUGAGUUCUUUGACCAGCACAUAUUUGUCAAUGAGAAGGGUGCUCAAUUUAAGGCUCUUGUCGAGUAUGCACCCUCUCAGCGAGUUCCAAAGCAAUGCCCAAAGAAAGAUGUCCGUGAAGGGACUAUAUCUAAGGAUCCGGAAUAUAUGGAGUUUCUCGAGCUUGUAUCAAAGCCAUUGGAACAUCUCCCUAGUGCUGAGAUUCAGCUGGAGAGGAAAGAAGCUGAAAGAGCUGGUUCUACAAAGGAAACACCCAUAGUAACACCUCUAAUGGAUUUUGUUCGACGAAAAAGAGCUGCUAAAAAUGGUCCUCAGAAAUUAUCUGGUGGUGGUAAAGUUAGCAGAAGAGCUUCAGGAGCUUCUGCUGGCAUCUCAAGUCCUUCCAAACGAAGUUCUGAGAAGCGUAAAAGUGCAGCUUCAACUUAUGUGAUAAAGGAUAGCACCAAAAAGGGGAGUGCCAAAGACAAACCAACAUACAUUUUAAUGUCAAGGAGAGAUCAGCAUCUUGCUGUGGAUAAAUCUGUAUCUGUACCUUCUGCAGUGGGAAAAGAAGCGUCAGAAGAUGAAUUUGCUUCUGGGGCUAUUGAAUCUGGAAAGAGCAGAUUAGUACUUUUGAAAGGGAAGGAGAAAGAAGUCUCUAACGUGUCUAGAAGUUUGGUGCGACAGCCUUCAGUAAGAAAUUCACCAACUCCAACAUCUAGACAGAACCAGCCAAGUGGAAGAAUAAUUAGAGGCAUACUUUCAAAGGAAGGGCAUGUCGAUCAGCCAUAUGCAUCUGAAUCCCAUCCUGAUCUGCAAACACAAAUGGCAAAGGUGAAGGACAAGCGCCUUCCUCGGCCUCCCAAUGCAAGCUCAAAUAUGAAAGACUACAUUUCACAUAGUUCGUCACUUGCAUCUGUUUCUGACGGUGAUGAUAAAAAAUAUAUAGAUGAUAAGGUUGCUAUAAACAACAAACAUGGUUCUGUAUCAAUUAGCGAAAAGUAUGAAAAGCGAACCAGGAACAGAGAUAGACCUGAUCGCGGUGUAUGGGCACCCCUUCGUCGUUCAGACAGAUCUCAGUCUAAUGAUGGAGUUCGUCCAUAUUCUGAAGCUGCUCAGGCAACAAAUUCUUUAGAAAGCAUCCCCAUUUUCCAACAGGCAACUGGUAAAGUCGGGGAGGUGGACAUGGUUGUUCCGAAUGCUUGUGUUGGACAUGGCAGUAAUUCACAUACUACGUAUGAAACAUCAUUAGGUCAUGGAGAAAGAAAAGCUGAUCUGCCUUCUGCAAAUAGAAGUGAAGACAUGAAGAUUCAUGGAGGUGGACGAGUUGAUUUUUCUUCCAUGGAGAAUGGUUCCCAUAGGCAUGUUGGCCGCCGUGGAUUAGCACGUGGCUUAAAGGAAAUGGAUAGCUCUUUGAAUCUUUCAGAAGGAAAGAGUUCCAAGAGAGCUUCCACUGUCUACAGUACCCAUGAGAGACAAGUGUGGGUUCAGAAGUCAGGCUCUGCCUCAUGAAUUUUCUAGUGAUUGGAUAUAUGCAGUACUGCAGAUUUGUGAAACUGUGAGAACAUUUUGGCUUUGGAGCUCAGUUUAUCAAUUAUUGAUAAUGUAAAGUGCGCAAACAGUAAUGCGUAUUUGGGUAAAUGCUGCUUCAAGGAUGCUAUUGCCAAAUUGUUCACAAUGAAUUCCAUUCAUAUCUCCACUAGAACCAAGAGCUGCAUGACCUAAAGUAGCUAGGAGGUAAAAUAAAUUUUCUUAUGGGUCUGUGAGUCACAAAGAAGAAGGGGUAGUUCUAGAUGAUGGUGGCUGUAGUUGUUGGCCUGGAGACGGAAGCUUUGUUGUGCUCCAAUUACCAUCAAAGAGUUUGUGUUGGCUAAGAUCUCUUUGGCAUGGAGACGUAAUCGUACUUCCUUCUCAAGCAUGUCAUGCAGAAGAACGAGGAGGCUUUUUCGAGCAACUGCUCUUGGUAGAAAAUGUAAAGAAUAGUUGCGAAGGCGCAUCAGUUCUUUCUGGCCAUUGUUUAUAGGUUUGAAAAAUCUUAUAUGACAAUGCUUCUGCAAGCUACUUGAUUCGGUGAAUUACUUAUGUAUUAGUAGGAAAAAUCCCUAUUACUGGCUACAGAGUGGAGGGUAGUGAAAUUGAAUGUGUGGAUUGGGUACUCAGCAAAGUCUGUUUGGAUGAAAUUAAUGUUCUUUUUUUCUUUUUUGUAGUACAUGGAUGAAACUAGAUGUUCACUGAUGCAUAAAACUCAGAUUUUUGUUCCUUGCUUUA